GUUCGACGUGAUCGUGGUGGGCGCGGGCAUAAUGGGCAGCUGCGCGGCGCACGCGGCGGCGGCCCGGGGCGCGAGCGUGCUCCUGCUCGAGCGCUUCGACCUGCUACACCAGCGCGGCUCGUCGCACGGCGAGUCCCGUAUCACCCGCCCCACCUACACGCGGCCGCAGUACCCGCCCAUGGUCCGCCUCGCGCACCGCCUCUGGGACGACGCCCAGCGCGACGCCGGGUACGCCGUCCUCACGCCCACCCCGCACUUCAACCUGGGGCCACGGGACGAUCCGGCCUUCCUAGCCGCCGUCACUAACGGCAGCGCCACCGAGCUCGUGCCGUCGUCGGCGGAUGCACCGGCGUGGGCGGAAGCUUUCAGGGUGCCACAGGGGUGGGCGGCGGCCAGAAGCGAGCUGGGCGGUGUGAUAAAGGCGACCAAGGCGGUGGCCAUGUUCCAGGCGCUCGCCGGCAAGAUGGGCGCCGUCGUGAGGGACAGGGCGGAGGUGGUCGACGUCGCCAGGAAGCAAGAGGGAACAACGAUCGUGGUGAAGACAUCGAGCGGCGAGGAGUUCCACGGCGGCAAGUGCAUCAUCACGGUGGGCGCGUGGGCGAGCAAGCUGUUGAAGUCCGUCACCGGCACCGACCUGCCGGUGCAGCCGGUGCACACCCUCGUCUGCUACUGGAACGUCAAGCCCGGGCGCGAGCACGAGCUGACUGCGGAGGCCGGAUUCCCGACGUUCGGGAGCUACGGCGACCCCAGCUUCUACGGCACGCCGUCGAUGGAGUACCCUGGCCUGAUCAAGAUCUCCAAGAGCGGCGGGCCGCCGUGCGACCCAGACGGCAGGGACUGGGCCAUCGGCACCGGCGCGGGGGAGAUGGCGGAGCUCGUGGCGCGGUGGAUCGACGAGGUGAUGCCGGGCCACGUGGACACCACCGGCGGGCCGGUGAUCUGCCAGCCGUGCAUCGCCGCCCCUGCUCCCGACGAGGACUUCGUGCUUGACUUCCUGGACGGGAAGGAGUUCGGGAGGGACGUGGUGGUCGGCGCAGGGUUCUCCGGUCACGGGUUCAAGAUGGGCCCCGCCGUCGGGAAGAUCCUCGCCGAGAUGGCGUUGGACGACGAGUCAGGGACGGCGGCGGAGGCCGGCGUGGAGCUCCGUCACUUCAGGAUCGGACGGUUCGAGGGAAACCCGAUGGGGAACGCCAAGAGUCACUGAGGUGAAAAUGGCCGUCGUUUCACUGUGGCUGCGUGUAAUGCCGAUUGCUCUCUGCAGUGGUACAACUGCACUAUGUGCAACUUUAAUGUGUUAUUUUUCUCCUUUGAAGAAAUAUACGUAUUUAUAUGAGCUUUCGGAGAGUGAAGUGACACCGGCACGUACGAUCUUGAUGUAGAUGUCGGCAAAAUUUCAUGUUUUGACCCUUUUCUAAAAGUUAAUCGAGAUCUGAUCCUAGUCUGUAAAAAUUUCAGGAUCUGACAUUUUUGCUACCGUCAGGGUUAUGGUGGUAGGGUGUAACAGCUUACCGCCA